UAUAAGUAAUCCAAAAUUAUGAUGGGGUUGUCGAAUAACUAGAUACAACUGGCUUGAAUAUUAUCCAAUUAACUAGUCUUUACAUUUCCUUAUAAAUACAUCAGUCAUUGGUUUAUUUACUCAUACGGUUAAACAGCAAUAUAGUUAGUUUCUAAAAAUAUUGUUUAGAUAAAAUGAUUUGGAAAAUUUACAUUUUAUGUUUGGCAUUUCAAUUUCAAGAAAGUUCAACUCAGGAUUUAAGUAACUGGUCAGAAUGGGGAGAAUGCUCCUCUACUUGUCAACUGGAUAUGAUACCAAAAGAAACUAGGACACGCAGUUGUUCACCCGAUUCUUUAAAUGAUUGUAACGAUGAACCAUUAAUUGAAUAUCGUAAUUGUAAGGAAAACGUUCCUUGUCCAGGCCGUUUAAGUGAUUGGACACAAUGGGGACCAUGCUCUGCUACUUGUUAUAGGCUUGGCUUUGAACCAUUCCAAAAAAGAAUCCGAACCUGUACAGACACUUCUUUUGGCGGUAAUUGUGGUGGAAGAACCUUAUCGGAUGUGCGAUUUUGCAAUAUGACUACAUUUUGUCCAGGUACUUUAAGUAAUUGGACAGAAUGGGGAAAAUGUUCUUGUCAACUGGGUGACUCUACACCAUCUCAACAAAGACGACGCACCUGUAAAGGCGCUUCUUUAGGUGGUAAUUGUAACAAUGCACUGUUAAAGGAAGUUCAAUUUUGUAAAGAUUUGGCUGCUUGUAAAAAAGUAUAAACUGAGGAUCAAGAGAAUCAAAAUUGUAAAUUUCGAUGUUAAAGAAGAUUAUGAACAAUAUAAUAAAUAAAAACAUAAAGUGUCUCAAUAA